AUGUAUAAGCAUCUCCGAAUCUCCGCCAAAUCCUUGCAACCAAAACCUUCGAGCAACGGCUUCAAGAAGCCCGACGGGGAAGACCAAUUCGAUCGAGGUGCAACCCCAACAGUCCAUCUGCUGAUCAUGACGAUGCGUCGCUCCGUGUUGCGGGCCGUGGAGUCUGCAAAGCCACUUGCCCGCGUACCUCGUUCAGUCUCCAGAGGCUUUUCUACCGCCAACGAAGCCACUGCCAAGGACCCUGUAGAGCUAGACCAGAUUACCACGCUGUCAAAUGGUAUCCGUGUCGCGACCGAAUCCCUGCCAGGCCCGUUUUCCGGCGUUGGCGUCUACGUCGAUGCUGGCUCUCGAUAUGAGGAUGAUAGUUUACGGGGUGUAAGUCACAUUAUGGAUCGAUUGGCUUUUAAAUCUACAAAGUCUCGCUCCAGUGACGACAUGCUGGAGACCCUCGAGAACUUGGGAGGUAAUAUCCAGUGCGCCUCGUCUCGAGAGUCGUUGAUGUACCAGUCCGCCAGCUUUAACUCGGCAGUCCCUACGACUCUCAGCCUCUUGGCGGAAACGAUCCGUGAUCCGCUCAUCACAGAGGAGGAGGUCCAUCAACAGUUGGCCACGGCGGAAUACGAAAUCGGCGAGAUUUGGGCGAAACCGGAGCUCAUCCUACCUGAGUUGGUUCAUACAGCUGCUUACAAGAAUAACACGUUGGGCAACCCUUUACUAUGUCCGGCGGAGAGAUUGGGGGAGAUUAAUAAGGCUGUGGUGGAAAAAUACCGAGAGACUUUCUUCAACCCCGAGCGCAUGGUCGUUGCGUUUGCUGGUGUGCCGCAUGUGUUGGCUGUCCAGCUCACGGAGAAGCUGUUCGGUGAUAUGAAGAGCAAAGGGUUGAAUAAAGGUCCUGCUUUGUCAGGUGCCGGUGUCGACACGACCCUUGCAAACUCGAACGCGACCGUCUCUGAGGGACUGAUGCCGGCCUCACAGAAGGCGCAGUCUGGUCUUCUCUCCAAGUUACCGUUCUUAAAGAACCUCUCAGGUUCCAAUGAAGCUGUGACACCAACGGAUCCCGCAUUCUCGUCUUUGGACUUGUCACGCCCUUCUCACUACACCGGUGGCUUCCUUUCUCUUCCACCGAUUCCUCCGCCCGCGAACCCCAUGCUUCCCCGGCUGAGCUAUAUUCACCUCGCUUUCGAGGCCCUGCCUAUUUCGAAUCCCGAUAUCUAUGCCCUUGCAACUCUCCAGACACUUCUCGGAGGGGGUGGGUCCUUCUCCGCUGGCGGUCCGGGCAAGGGAAUGUAUUCCCGCCUCUACACAAACGUCCUCAACCAACAUGGGUGGGUUGAGAGUUGCAUUGCAUUCAACCAUAGCUACACCGAUAGCGGUAUUUUCGGAAUCUCCGCAUCAUGCAGCCCGACCCGGACAACCGAGAUGCUGGAGGUGAUGUGUCGUGAGCUGCAAUCACUGACGAUCGAUACGGGAUUCACAGCCUUGCAGCCGCAGGAGGUUAACCGCGCGAAGAAUCAGCUCCGCUCUUCGCUACUCAUGAACCUGGAGUCGCGUAUGGUUGAGCUGGAAGACCUCGGUCGUCAGGUCCAAGUGCACGGCCGUAAGGUCGGAGUGAAGGAGAUGUGCGAACGUAUCGAAGCACUGACCGUGGAGGAUCUGCGACGCGUUGCGCGACAAGUCUUUGGCGGCAAUGUCCAGAACAAGGGACAGGGUACCGGUAAACCCACUGUGGUGCUGCAGGAGGGCGAGCUGGAAGGAUAUAAGCUUCGUUCAUUCCCGUGGGAGGAGAUCCAGGAACGGAUCGCACGAUGGAAACUGGGACGGAGGUAA